CCAGUCUUCUCCAUUAUUUAUUAACACAGUCAACACCGAAGAUGUUCAACAAAGAUAUCUUUAGUCUAGUGGUAAUUGUUAUUAGUUCUAUAAUUUUAGUCGAAAUUUUCAACACUUCCAAACCGAAACAUCCAGAUGCUGGACUAAAUAUUCUGCAACUUGUGGAAAAAUAUGGUUACCUUAUUGAAACUCAUGAAGUUGUCACCGAAGACGGUUAUAUUCUAACUCUACAUAGGAUUGGUCAAAAGAACAAUGUUGAAAAACGAGAUCCAGUGCUCUUUAUGCACGGUUUUAUGCAAAGUGCCACGGAUUUUAUUAAUUUGGGUCCUGGGAAAGCUUUGAGUUUGCUACUUUCAGACAGAGGGUAUGAUAUUUGGCUGGGGAAUACAAGAGGGACUACUUGGUCCAGAAAACACAAAGUUUUUAAUCCUGACAAGGACGGCGAAUUUUGGGAUUUUAGUUUACACGAAAUUGGUAUUUACGACAAUCCUGCUUUCAUUGAUUACGUUUUGAAUGUAACUGGAAAAAAAUCGUUACAUUAUAUUGGUUAUUCUCAAGGCACUACAACGUUUUUCAUACUGGGAUCCGAAAAACCUAAAUAUGUAAAAAAAGUCAAAUUAAUGACAGCUUUAGCCCCUGCAAUCUACAUAAAAAACCCAAAAGGACCCCUUUUAACGUUUCUUGUAUAUUUUAGACGCCUCUGGGAGAUUCUACUAAAAUUUUUCAACUUUCAAGAAUUCUUUCCUAGAAAUGGCUUAGUGGCACAUUACUUAAAACACAUUUGUAAUGAAAAUUCUAUGUUUGUCGAUUUGUGUUUACUUAAAAUCUUCCUCCUUAAUGGUUACAGUCACGAACAGACAAAUAGAACGCUGCUCUCCCUAAUAUUUUCCAAUACUCCAGCAGGCGUUUCACCAAAACAAAUGAUGCAUAUAGUCCAGUUAAUGGAAUCUGGUAAUCUUCACCAAUACGAUUUAGGUGUUGCCAAAAAUUGCAAAAAAUAUGGGCAAAAAGAACCUCCACAAUACAAUUUAUCGAAAAUUACAAAUCCGGUUGCUUUGUACUAUUCGAGUAAUGAUUGGACUGUCAAUAUAGAGAAUAUAGAAAGAGUAGUUAAAGCUUUGCCAAAUGUUGUUAAAAGUUACCAUGUACCAAUGGAAAGUUUUAACCACAAUGACUUUAUCUAUGGCCAAGAUGCCCCUGAACUUCUGUAUAAAGCAGUAAUAGAAGAAAUUUUAAAAUAUUAGGCAAAAAAUAAGAUUGAUUCUUAGUUUUUCCAUUUAGUUCGUUAUCUAAAUUCAAUUUGAGUGAAUGACUAAUAACUUAGUGUCUGUUUUGUAUAUUUAUAUGACUUGCAACAAAAAAAAAAAGAUAAGCAGCUUGGAGAUUGUAAAGUACAUUAUGUAAUAUAAAUUGCUCAAGUAACAGUUAAGGUAGUUUAUGCAUACAAAUAUUUUCAUUUUUCAAUUCAUUUCUACAAAUAAAUAAAUAUCUCUGCCCA